CGGAGGCUCGUCGGGCGGUCGUCGGGUCGUCGAGGGCCGCGGGUGCGCCGGGCCAGCAUGGUGGAGAAGCGCUGCCCGCGGCUGCAGCGCGAGAGGUACCGCUGGUUCUCGGAGCUGCCGUCCCCGCAGCGGGUGGAGUUCCUGUGCGGCCUGCUGGACCUGUGCAUCCCGCUGGAGCUGCGCUUCCUGGGCGCCUGCCUGGAGGACCUGGCCCGCAAGGACUACCACUCGCUGCGCGACUCGGAGAUCAAGGCCAACAACGCGGCCGACCUGGGCGGCCUGACCAACCUGACGGACGAGGUGGUGCGCAGCAAGCUGCUGGUCUCGCUGGCCCUGCUGGGCUCGUCGCACCGCGAGGCGGCCGGGGUGCUCUUCCGCACCCUCACGCACCUCGACUCGGUCAUCCACAACUACGGGCUGCAGCUCAACGAGGGCCGCACCGGCGAUGAGUUCCUGCUGCUCUUCACCAUGGCCUCCAACCACCCGGCCUUCAGCUUCCACCAGAAGCAGGUGCUCAGGCAGGAGCUCACCAAGAUCCAGAGCCUCCUGGCCUGCACCGCCAAGGGGCCCCCCGCCGCUGCCCCGCCACAGCCGCAGCGGCCGCCACCAUGUCCCGGGUGCCACAAGGUCACUCCGAGAUCUGAGACCCCCAUAAACCACGUGGUGGGUAACAGUUUAGAGAACGCACUCCACACAUCAGCACAUUCCAUUGAGGAGUCAUUGCCUAAGAGGCCUUCAGGGAAGCACUCCAAAGUAAGCGUCGAAAAGGUGGAAUUAAAGGGAUUGUCACACAAGAAGAAUGAUAGGAUUGUUGAAUAUUCUUUGGCCCAGUCUAAUUGCGUACAUACAAGGAAAAACGUAAUGUGCAGCCCUCACGCCAUAACAAGCGAUUCUAAAGAAACCACGAUAAGCAGCGAUACAGUCUUAUGGUCUGAUUCUUCAGUGACAGUGGAAAAGUCUUCUGCCGAAGUGACUGAUUUCAUUUCAAAGUUAGGUCAGUUGUGUCCAGAAGAAAAUUUGGAGAAAUUCAUUCCUUUUCUAGCUGGUCCAGAAUCAUUUUACUUAGAAAGAAGCCAUAUGGACUUGGAAUCAGACCUUAGGUAUUUGGCAUCCUUACCGUCCCACAUCUGGAAAAAUGACCACGUCAAGAAAUUUUUCAGCACUUCAUGUCACUCCCCACAAUAUCUGAGUUCAAGUCCUGGCAAUUCUUCCCUUUACAAAGUGGGUACGACGCUGGGUGCUUCUGGAAGGCCCAUCUGUGGGGUUGCAGGUGUCCAGGCCGCCCAGAACACUCUUCAGCAUCACCUGCCUCAUCCGUCCGCGGCAGCCGUUGCCCUCUCCCACUGCUCUCAUUCAGGUGGGGCCGGGCCUACGUUAGCAUGUAGCCGCAGCCAGAGAGAAAACCCUCCCCCUGUUUUAAUGUCUCCAAGCCCACAAAACCCCCAGGCCCAGGAGCAAAACGGAAUUUUAGAUUGGCUGCGGAAACUGCGGUUGCACAAAUACUAUCCGGUUUUUAAACAGUUGACGAUGGAGAAGUUCUUGAGCCUCACCGAAGAAGAUCUUAAUAAGUUUGAAACACUCACCAUGGGAGCGAAGAAGAAACUCAAGACGCAGCUGGAAUUGGAAAAAGAAAAGUCAGAGAAAGCGGACCAUGAACCCAGCCCCCUCCCCACCGGUUCAGUCUGGGGUGGCAGAGUUCCUCCCACCACCACAUCAACCCCAUACAGAGCUUGUGGGAACCAUGCACAGAAACUGCACGUGGACGUGGAUCAGGCGUCUCCACCACGCCCCCCGGGGAAGGCAGUUCCUCGGAGUCCUCAGCUCGUCCUCCAGCCCCAUGGGCAUGCAGCCCCGGGAAGAAAGCUCGGACAGCGCGAGGAGAACGAGAGGCGUGUGGAGAUCCACCCGGAGCCCUCGGAGAAGGAGAAGCCGGUCAUGAUCCUGAAUCACUUCGGCUCCAGCUCGGCCCGGCCCACCGCUCAGGUUUUGCCCGUACAGAACGAGUCGGGCUCUAGUCCGGCGGCUCACCUCCUGCCAGGGCAGAUGACGGCCACUCCGAUCCGAAUAUUAAACUCUAUGCACAAACCCGAGCGCGGAAAUGCGGACCUGAAGCUCCUUUCUUCGCCUAUGCACUCGCUUUACCUGGAGGAGAGGACGAAGUUCCCCGGCGGGCCCGCUCAGAACAGCGUCAAGAUGGAGAAGAGCUUUGGAAACACCCUGGCGGAUCGGAUCCCGGUGCCUCCACAUCAGCCCCUGCAGGUGCUCUCGGCGGUCCCUGAAAACGGCCCCUCCACGCCUUCCAUCCAUUUCGGCCUCCGAUCCAAAUUGGUCCACGCGCCCGCCCUGGACCGAAUGGCGAAACCACCCCAGCCCCCGGGUAUCCUGGUGGAAACCAGCACCACGGCCACCGUCACCUCAAGCACGGUCCACAUGGCACGCCCCCUCAAGCUGCUGGUCUCCUCAUCCGUGCCCACCGAUGCCACCCUGGCGGGGCAGCCGUCCUGCUCCAACAGUAUGCAAUUCAGCGUCUCCCCAGCAAUAAAGCCCCGGACAGCUCUGUACACCGCCAACACCAAAGUGGCCUUUUCCGCCAUGAGCGGCAUGCCGGUGGCCCCCAUGCCCAGUAGCACCUUCUGCGCAAACAGCAACCCCGCCGCGUCUUCCAGCAGCCACCUCGCCACCUCCUUCGCCAACAUGGGCAGCCUGCCCAGCUGCCCCCCUCCCAGUUCCAGCCCCACGCUCUCCUCGGCCGCGGAGAACAGCUUCUACGGUGGGGGCGGCUCUGCGGGGAACAUGCCCGUCCCCAACCAGAACAAUCACCACCACCACCACCAGCAUCAGCAGCCGCCUGGCUGCAUGGUCUGCAGUUCCUGCGGCUGCAGCGGGAACUGCGGCUCCAGCGGCAUGACUGUGAUAACGAACUACUUCCAGCAUCCCUUUUCAGGGCCGUCCAUGUUUACGUUCCCCUUCCUGCCCUUCAAUCCUCUGUGCAGCAACGGCUACGUCACCCAGCAGUACAACAGCAGCUCGGCCUUCCCCAUGGUCCACUCUCCGUACAGUGGCGCCCACACGGACUCCCUCAUGAGCGGACAGUCGGCCUUUGCGGUGCCCCCCAUGCAGAGCUUCAUGGCCGGCACCGCAGGGGUGUACCAGGCCCAGGGGAUGGUGAACAACAGCGGUGGCUCGGGGCACAGAGCCGGGAACCUCUCCUGCUACAACUGUGGAGCCAGCGGCCACCGAGCUCAAGACUGCAAACAGCCACCGAUGGAUUUCAAUCGACAAGGUACAUUUCGGUUAAAAUACGCUCCCCCGGCUGAGAGUUUAGAGUCCACGGACUAACUUCAGAUGCAAUAUUUUGUGAUGGCAAAAUGGCCAUGAAAUAAUUAGGGAACUUCAGAUUGGGAGUCUAUCUGUUGAGCUUAUUAAUGUUAUUUUUUUAAUCCAAAGGUGCUCUACUUCAA